CAUCUUUUCAAAACUCGGAAACCUGGAUGAGAAGAAAACACGAAUUGAAGUGGAGGCUCGCGCGCUAACGGAUUCCUCUCUUGCCUCUUUGUGAUGUCACGGCUGGCCGCGCGGCUGUAAUUGCGCCGGUGGGUUGAUGGCGUCAUUCCGUGGCCCUGUGUAGCCUCCCGUGCUCGCUAGCAGAAGGAGCGAGGAUCUGAGGCCGACGCGCUCGGCUCGGGCGCCGUGGAACGAGCAGCGCCAAGCCGGACACUUCAUCCAGGAAACAUGGAGGCCGCGGCCGAGGAGCUGCGGGCCGGCUCCCGGAUUCCGGUCACUAUCGAACAGAUAGUGAAUGACACACUGGUGGUGACGCUCACUUACCGAGAUAGGAACUACACCGGGAUUUUGCUCGAUUGCAACAAAAAGACUGGGUUGUUCUGCUUGCCAGAUGUUGUAGAAAAGUCAGAAGAGCCUCUUAUAUCCAAACAAGAAUCUGAGAUGAUGAAUGAGGAACCGUGCUCCAAACCAGCCAUUCAGUCAGCCCAGCGACCAAAGGAUGAGAACACAGAGCCCGAAAAGCCACCUGCCAUCCCCUUACCCAUCCCAGUACAGCCAGGCCAGCCUACCUACCCUCCCUACUUUGAGGGUGCUCCUUUUCCUCAGCCCAUGUGGGUACGGCACACAUACAGUCAGUGGGUUCCUCAACCUCCACCUCGACCAAUCAAAAGAAAGAAGAGACGGUCUCGAGAGCCUGGCCGCAUGACCAUGAGCACCAUUAGACUUCGACCUAGACAGGUGCUAUGUGAGAAAUGCAAGAACACGGUCACCAGUGACGAGGACAGUAAAGAUGGGUCAACUGUGUCCAGGCCUUCCAGGAAGGAGAAUGCACCACAAGGGGAGGAACUUGCUAAGGAGGCCCCACCUAAAGGACUCAGGAAGGAGGAUGGAGAUGCCUCAAAGGAAACCAAGCGGCGAGAUGAGGCGCAAUGCUUUGAAAGCAAGCGUUGUCGAAAAGAGAGAAAGGAAGAUGAGAAGUUCCCAGGAGUUGAUGUAGUGCCUCACAGCCCAGUGAUAAAGAUCUCAUAUAGCACUCCACAAGGAAAAGGGGAGGUAAUGAAAAUCCCAUCCAGAGUUCAUGGUUCUGUGAAGCCUUUCUGCCCCAAGCAGCUGAUGCAGAAUGGGCUUGGGGAGCAUGACAACAGUCGCGAGCCCAGAAAAGAGACGCGAUCUGCUAUUGAGUCUAUACGGACUGGCCUUACUGUGUCUAUCCCCAAGCUCAAACUCCCAAAGCUGACUGAUCAGGACAUCCCUUCGCCCAAAAUCCGCUUAAAGUCUCGUGGGGACGGUGUGGAGCGUGUAUCUAUGUAUGAGGCAGAACUUGUAGGAGAAGCAAGGCGCAGAAGUCCCAGGAUUCCUGGUUCGGGGCUGGCUCGACCUGACGAUUCUGGGGACAAAAAUGCCCUGGAACUGUGGUCAGGUGAAGAAACUGAGCGGCACGGUGAUCUUACACUCCUAAUCAACUUUGGAAAGCGCAAGGCAGAUUCGUCCAGUCUUUCAGUGUGUAGCAGUGACAGUCUGGACGAGUCCAAGUCGUUUAGUUCAGAUGGGACGUCACCAGAGUUGUGCGAACUGGCACCUGGCGAGCAUGUUAUAGGUGUAUCAUCCUCUGUGUCGACGACAUCAUCAGCAUCACGGGCCGAGGGUAGGACGGUGCCACCACUGACUGUGAGGUUACAUACGCGUAGCAUGAGCAAGUGCAUAACGGAGGAGGGCCACGCUGUAACCAUUGGUGAUGUGGUUUGGGGUAAGAUACAUGGCUUCCCCUGGUGGCCAGCCAGAAUUUUGAGCAUUAGUGGCACACGGCGAGAGGGGGAUGAGGCAGAUGCACCAUGGCCUGAAGCCAAAGUGGCCUGGUUUGGGUCCCCCACCACCUCACAGCUUUCCGUGGCUAAACUUUCACCCUUUCGUGAGUUCUUUCGGCUGCGCUUCAACCGCAAGAAAAAGGGCAUGUACCGGCGAGCCAUCAUUGAGGCGGCAAAAGCAGUGGGUCACAUGAGCUCUGAAAUCACCUCGCUACUGUCACACUGCGAGACAUAGAUUUCUGUGGCAAAUGACACCAGGUUCAGGAUGUAGUGUGGCUUGGCAUGCAGCAGCUUGGUUUAAGCAAUUUAAGCAAAUCUGACCCUUAUGUGAAUGAGUCUGGUGACCAUUUAGUGUUGAGCCAUAUGGAUUGCAAUAUUUGAGCACUGUACGCAUUAGUUAUUUGAAGUGUGUUAGGCUGUUUGCUAAUGUUAACUUGGUAGCUUGCCACGUUAAUAUCGCCUGUGGAUUUGGAGGGAUGUGAUCUGCUGAGGGAAUAAAAGAAUUGGGUGUACCCUGACAUGGAAUUGUAACACAUGUCGCAUACAAGUUUUAUUACUCUAGUAAUAAAUAUCUCGACAUUGAUUAUAGGUUGACUGUGGCUGCAGGUAACUAGCUUUAAUUACCUAUUAGCAAGGUCAAGAAUGUUUGCAAAGUUGCUGUAAAUAUGCCUAAGGAUUUGUUUGCUCUAACUAAGCUCGUUAUAUAAUUUAAGUAGAUUACAUAAAUUAGUUUCAUAUUUCACUUUCUUAAUUUAAACUUCCCUUUACGUUUUGGGACUGAAGACUUUGUCUGUCUGGCAUGCAUGGUCAGGUGAAGCUAAGAUGCAUCUGAGAUGUUUUGUUCCUGUGCUCGUACAUAGACUGUUACAGUUCAAAAUGGGAAAAGGAAACAGAUUUUGCAACCCAGAAUAGCCUAACACUACGAGGGUUGUGUUAUCUGUCCUCUUCCAAAUACGAGCUCACAGAAGACCAAGAUAGUUUUGUGAUUAAGUGGGUAGAGGGAGGUGGCUGCAGCAUUGAACUCCAACUCGGUGACAGGGUGAAUGCUUUUCAUUUAACAAUACCUUUUUAAAGGUUGUCUGUAAAUCUAUCCGUAUGCUUCAACUUGAUAACAUUAACUUCAUGUUAUUUGUUUGUGAGUCUUUGUGAAGUAAUUUGCCGGUUUAGAAAAUGCUUUUAUUCAAAUAUAUAGAUUCAUAAAUAUCAUUUUAUUUAUUUUUUAUUUUAAGGUUAACACACUCAUUUUUAAAACGUUUCUUUUAAGUCUGUGACUUGGAGACAACUUUUAGAUCAAAAAUUUUUUUAAGAACAUUGACAUUAAUUAAUGAUGUUAAAUAUUGACUCAUUGACUGAAUCUUUUUCUCCUGACAGUUUAGUUGAAUACCAUACAUGUUUUGUCUAAAAAAAAGACUAUGAGUGGGAAGGUUUUGGGAAGGUUCUGUUAAGCUGUCUAGUCAGAUGAUAUCAUUUGGUCCAGUUUUAUUUUUUCACCAAAAUUCAGAAUGUGAUGUGCUAUUUUUUCCCCUGAUUCAGAGUGGGAAAGCUGGACAAGUAUGUGAAAUGGAGCUAAGCUACAAUAAACAUUGUUACUGGCCAGAAUUAAUAGCCAUAUUUGGUAUGGUUUUAGAAGCUAAACUUGUACAUUAAAAUAAUCUUUGUCAUAAUGGGGAGAAAUAUUAUUUCUGUCAGCAAUACAAACAAAUGUCCAUUAUUCAUAAUCGAUUUCCUAGCUGUUAUAUGAUUUUACUGUUCUAUUAGCUGAGAAUAACUAAAAACUCUAUUGUAACCACUGAUGCACACAACCCCCCAAAAAAACAUUAUAUAUACAUGUGGCAGUCCAGAGAGUGUUUUUAUUGACUGAUGUGGUGCAUGUUUGUUGUUUUAGGAGUGAAAGAGGGGAAGGCUGGACUCUGGCUGGAUUCAGGACCCCAUGCUCCCCUCCUGUCAUUCCCAACCAGGAUGGAGUGCAUUUUCUACAGAACUCAUGAGUGAAGGUGCUUUUUUUUCCACCUGCCUUGAAGGAGAAAUCAGCCAACAUGCAGAGCAGUUGAGGGCUUGAGAGAGCAAGCAGGCCGGAAAAUCUGGGAAACACAAAGAGAACUUUUUUCUCCACCUGUUUUUCUACCCUAUCAAUUUGUUCAGGACAUCUGUUUUAGUAUAAUGAGUAGCUCAACACUACAUCCGAAUGUAUUUAUUGCCGGUGAAGCACAGGCAACCUUGCUACAGUCUCAUACUGUCGAUCCCACCGCUGCUGUUUUCUGUUGGUGAAGAUCUGCCUGCCUGCCAGUGGAGUUGCUAUAGCUAAUGAAUCCAUCAUGGAUACCAUCAGGCAGCCUGCUCUAGUGACAUUUACCUAAUCCACUUAAGCAGGAAAAGACAGACAUCCAUAUGAUGGUAAAUAACACAGCUCUAAGGUCUUUUUACUUUUUUCAAAACUGAAAAUGUGAAACACUUUUUUGUAUUCUGCAUCUAGAGAUCGUUGUGUAGGUCUUAAAACAUGCAGUAUGUUGUCAUUGAUUAGAUCUAUUUUCACCAGAGGGCCGAAUUUCUUCAAACGGCCUGUCCCUUUGCGGAAAUGUUUUUUUUUUUUUUUUCCUUGAUUAUUUUCAUUUUUUAUUGUUUUGAUGCUCUUGGUCUGAGGGCCUUGGGAAAUUGUGUCAUGGCUUGUAUGAGAAUCAGAGUUUCGUAUGUACUUGCUUUAAUUAUUUAAUGUGUCAUGUAAAGAAAAGCACUUUAUCUGUACCUUCAGUGGCCUGCUGGACACUCGUACAACGAACACUAAUUUAGAGUUUUACGGCUGUGAACGGUGGACACACUCAGCAGCCCUCUGGUUCAAACUAUCACACCCAGCGCCUGGAAAGUGACUUCUUUUCUAUCAGGUUUGGACAUGGAUGAGAAACAAAGAUGCUUUCAGGAACUAGUUGUGUACACUGUAUCAUUGCAGUUAGUCCGUUUUUCAACCUGUAUUUGUUUUCCUUCCCACCACCGUUUCCCUCAAAAGAAAAUUUCCACUGGAGAAAUGGACAGAAGUGUAAACUCCUAUGCAUCACAUCUUUAUUAAAGCUUUAAAAAAAACCUUAAACCUGCUGUUAUGGUACUAUGAAUUCCAUACCCAUGUGCUCUGAGCACCACGCAGAAUUGAAAUGUUCUUAUGCUGCAGGUUUGUAGACUUGUUUCUCCUUCAGGUGGAAGAGAAAGCGUCUUUCUAGUCAGCAGUUGACCUUUUAUAGGGCCUUGAGAAUUUAAAGAGCCACUUCAGUGAGCAUGGAAACCAGGGAGGAAGGGAGGUGGGGGAAGGGAGCCAAACCCGAGCGGAGGUAUAUUUAAAGCUCACUGCUAAGCGCAAAGCGUCUCACCACUGCAUUUCAAUGGUAGGUUCUUGUACUUUUUAUGGAUCUCCUCUUUUUUUUUUUUACAUUUUUUUUUUUUUUGGUUCCUUCCUGAAAAGGUUUUUGAAGGUGGACAGUUGUGCGAGUGCCAGUGCAAAGACACUCGACCACUGUCCUCAGAUCAGUGGAAUUUUUUACAUGCUGUACAUAAAAUAAAAUAUACAACCAA